GUACAACUUUCUGUGAUAUUGUCUCCAUGAUGGAAAGCGACUUCUUCACCGGCGCUAGCUGUCGAAAAUAAAGAGGGGGAAGAUCGGCUCUGAGGAACAGCGCUGGGGAAGAUUAUGUUUCGAACACUGUUAGUCAUUGAGCUUCAUAUGAAAGAGCAGGUGAUUAUGAUUUCGUUUCUUGAUUGAUGACAUUCGUGGAAUUAUGAAAAUGUUACUUUUUCUUUUACGCUGAGUGUUAUUUUAUGUAGUAGCUCGUAAAAAGUUUACUGAGCGUGUUAUCGGAGCUUGGAAAUGAAAAUAAGUAAAUAGUAUAGUUGAAAAGAUUAAUAAGUGCAAUGCAGUCGUUGGGGAUUGACAAAAAAUUGAACGAGUGGAUCAACUUAAAAACUAGCGAGUCAAAUGAACGAGACGUUCAAAAACAAAUAUGCAAACUCUACGAGAUACAGUCGGAGUUGAAUUUAAAGUUAUUUUCAAGCUUCGAUGCCAUUCCCCUACAUAUGUUUAUUAAAUUGCCAGGGUUCGAUCCAAAAAUCUACCAACGACUGAAAGUUUUCAAUCAACAGAUUAACGCGAAAAUUCGUCAAAUUCAACGCAAACUUCCGUUAUCGCAUAUGCAGUCGAUAGAACCAGAAGAUAAUAAUGAGUUUCAAUGCAGUCCGGUUAGUGACAUCAACGCGAGAGACUUUAUUGUUCCACAGUUCAGUCUUCCACUGAGUGAACCGAUAAGUCAAGUCCAACCAAAAAAACCUUUAUCUGCGUGUUUCGGACCGUCAAUCUCGCAAAAUCCGAAAUUCGUUGAUACAACGCCAUCAUCUACAUCCACUUUGACCAUGUAUAAUUCAUCAAUUCAAAAGAAUAAUGGAUCAACUAUGCUAACUUCGAUGCAAAGUCCUACAUUGCCUCGCACAAAUUUCUUCAACGAUGAUGGAUUGUUAGAUAUGGAUUUACCAGGCUUUUUGGCACAUUAUGCAGAUAAUUCUGAAGAGUUCUUUUUCAAUGAACAAGAAAUAUUGGAGAGCGAAGAAUUUUCAGAAUUCAAAGAGGAAGCUGUAAUAAGCGAACAAACAACCAAAAGUUUACUUCAAAGCAACAGCAACAACACAAUGAUACACCUCAUCGGAAAUGUUAAUAACGACGGUGAUAAAGAGGAGUUUAAUACACUUGAUCACCCACACUGCCGACAAAUGUUGAACAUUUUCCGUUCGAAAUUCGGACUGCACCUGUUUCGUCCAAAUCAACUGUCAGCGAUAAACGCUGCAAUUUUGGGUAACGAUUGCUUUGUUCUCAUGCCGACCGGCGGAGGAAAAUCUUUAUGUUAUCAAUUACCUGCUCUCAUGGCCGAAGGCGUUACAAUUGUCAUCUCACCAUUGAGGAGUCUCAUACUCGACCAAACACAAAAGCUACUUUCACUCGAUAUUCCAGCAAUGUACAUGACAGGCGAUCAAACCGACGCCGAACAAAAUCUCGUAUAUAGAAAGCUUCACGAGAACAAUUGCGAGCUUCGUCUUAUCUACGUGACACCUGAAAAAAUCUCAAGUUCGUCAAAGUUUACGAGCACGUUGAAUUUUCUAUAUCAGCGGGGAAAGCUCGUUAGAUUUGUCAUCGACGAGGUGCAUUGUGUGAGCCAAUGGGGUCAUGAUUUUCGACCUGAUUAUAAAAAAUUGUAUAUGCUCAGGCAGAGAUUUCCUGAUGUACCACUUAUGGCAUUGACUGCAACUGCUACGCAAAGAGUUCGUUGUGAUAUUCUGCAUCAACUGAAUCUACAAUCACCGAAAUGGUUUAUCUCGAGCUUUAAUAGACCAAAUUUACGUUACACUGUGAUCACUAAGAAAAAAAAGGCAGCGUGCAAUCAGAUAACCGAAAUAAUUAAAAAGAAAUUCCCGAAAGAUUGUGGUAUAAUUUAUUGCAUUUCACGUAAAGAUUGUGACAAUCUUGCAGAAACUCUCUCGAUUAAUGGUUUGAAGGCUUCAAGUUAUCAUGCUGGGCUUCCUGACAAGGUUAGGAUUGAGAGACAAACACAGUGGAUUUCUGAAAAGGUAAAAAUAAUUGUCGCAACGAUUGCAUUUGGCAUGGGUAUCGACAAAUUAAACGUGCGGUUUGUGAUACACGGUGCAAUGCCAAAAUCCAUCGAAGGUUACUAUCAAGAAAGUGGUCGUGCUGGUCGCGAUGGUGAACCUGCAGAUUGUAUCUUGUUGUACAACUACGGUGAUGUUUAUCGUUAUCGUAAUCUAUUUGAACGCAACGAAAACACUAAUCCGGAAGCGGUUAAGACACACAUGGAGAAUCUUAAUAGAAUGGUACAUUUCUGCGAGAAUUUGGCUGACUGCAGACGAGCAUUGCAAUUGAAUUAUUUUGGGGAGCAAUAUGAUCGCCGAAACUGCAUUGAAAAUAAGGAAACUACAUGUGAUAAUUGCCAGAUGCACGAUCGAUUCGAAGAAUUGGACGUUACGGAUCAUGCAAAGAAUAUUAUACAGCUCAUUCAUUACUUGAACAGCAUCCGUCAGAAUUGCGUAACGAUGCUACAAGCUGUCAAUAUAUACAAAGGCUCGGAUAUAUCUCACAUUGUCAACAAGCUUGGUAACUCAUAUCAUCAGUGGUAUGGCAGAGGCAAGUCGAUAACAAAGUACGAAAUCGAACGUUUGAUGCAUAUACUCGUCGUUAAUAAUUAUCUCUGCGAAAAUAUGGAGCCGAACAAUGGUAUCGUUUGUGCCUACCUUGCGCUUGGUGUAUAUGCCAAUGAGUUGCUUUACGGUCGUGAUGUGCAGAUUUUCUUGCAAAAGAAAAUAAUAAACAUACAAUCAACGAUACCAACAGAAACCAUCUUGCCAGAACCACAAAUGUCGGCUGUGACAAAUGCGGCUUUGAAGGAUAUCGAGCAACGUUGCUACGAAGAAUUGAUGAGUAUGGUAAAUGGUAUCGCUGGUGCACUUGACGUCUCGGCAAAUUCGAUAAUGAACAUGGUUGCACUGCGUAAAAUGAGUCAAGAAUUGCCAACUAUGCAAGCGGCAAUGAUGAAAAUACCACACGUGACGGAAGCGAACUACGAGAAAUAUGGCAAAGCAUUGCUGGAUAUCACUCAGAAAUAUGCGAAAGAGAAAAGCAAACUAUUAGAAGAGGAAAGUGAAAUUCAGAGUGCCUAUCAAGAUUUGGAAUUCGAAAGUGAUAGUGAAUGGAUGCCAACAACUAAAACCAGAUACAAUAACAGCAACAAUGGCAAACGAAAGUGUAAAUUUCGUGGGCAAACAAAGAGAUUGAAACCAAACAAUUCAGAUGGAAACUCGUUUGGUACUGUCGGACCAAACGAUGCUGCACCGAAGACCGCUAGAGCUAAUUCUAGUACGAAUGCCAGAGGUAGAGGUGGUAGAAACGUUGGCAGAGGUCCUGGCUUAUGCGAUUUGGUGCAAAAGAAUUUGUUGCAUUACUUUUAGGUAAAAU